GAUAGACUUCAAAUCAAAAUGUAGCUGAACUUAUUGCAGGUCAUGGCAUUGUAGCCUACCCAUUUACACGAGAGAAGCUUAUAUGAGAAUCGAAAUUCUGAGUCUUUAAAGUCAAGUCUACGCCCAACAUUAAACGUUGAAAGUCAAAGCAAAUAGAUCAAACUGAAAACGCAACUAUUAACCCUACCCAACAACCUCAUCUUGACUCUCUUAGUCCCACAUCCAAACUUCACAUGUCGUCUUCUUCUGUUGUCAUCAAUCAUCCUGUAACAAAACCAACUUUGAUCCACAUUUUCAUGGCUUCUUUUUUGUUUUCUUGGUAUCCAAACAAACCUUCUUAACUCCAUUCACUGCUUAAAACGCGUCAAGAUCAUGCUUUUUAACUAUUCUUGGUCAACUCUUCUUAAAUGAUCCAUUAAAUUUGCAAAACCAUAAUUCAUGUCCUUUUAAUUUAAUUUUCUCCCUUUUCUGUUUGGUUUCCAAGAAAACAGUCAGGGAAAAAUGAACCCUUUCACCACUUACUGUUAUUUACUAAGUUUUCUUGUUUCUUGCAUGGUGAAACUCUCUGUUUCCGAUCCAAGAGCGACAGAGGCAGCUUUAGUAUGCACAAACAGAACAGCAACUGUACCAAACAGGCAAAUUUUCAUAGCAAAUUUUCUAGCGACAAUGGAUUCUGUAACUCCGUUAAUCGUUAGACAACGAUAUGGAGCAGUAAUUAACGGUACUGGUAACAACACUGUUUAUACAUACGGUGAGUGCAUGAAAGAUCUUGAUCAAACAGAUUGCAAUCUUUGUAUUGCUCAAUGCAAAACUCAAAUUUUAAGAUGCUUACCGUUCCAAUUAGGUAGAAGAGGAGGGAGACUGUUUUAUGAUGGAUGUUUUUUAAGGUAUGAUGAUUAUAAUUUCUUUAAUGAAACCCUAGGCGGUCCGAACGACCGGACUGUGUGUGCUAGUGGGGAUUUUAAGGGUGGAGACAGGACUGUUUUUAGUGAUAAUGCUAUGGAGUUAGUGAGAAAUUUGAGUGUUGAAGCUUUGAAAAAUGAUGGGUUUUUUGUUGGGUUGAUGAAUAAAGGGAAUGUUUCUGUUUAUGGAUUGGCUCAAUGUUGGGAAUUGGUGAAUAGUAGAGGGUGUGAGAGUUGUUUAGAUAAUGCUGUGUCGAAAAUCGGUAAUUGUACUCCGAAAGAAGAGGGAAGGGUGAUGAAUGCUGGCUGUUACUUGAGGUAUUCUACUCACAAGUUUUAUAACAAUUCUAGCCCUUCAAAUGUUGUAGAUGAUGGAGGAAGCAGUCACUUGGCCGUUAUACUGGCUUCUGUAUCUUCAUCAGUAGCUGUUGUAUUCAUUAUCACAUCACUUUAUUUCUUUAUGAAUAAGAGAAUUGCAGAAAAAAGGAGACAAAGGAAGGAAUUUGGUGCUUUACUAAGAAUUGUGAACAACUCAAAGCUCAAUUUUACAUAUGAAUCUCUCGAGAAGGCCACAAAUUACUUUCACCUUUCUAAUAAACUUGGUCAAGGAGGAUCUGGUUCUGUUUACAAGGGCAUAUUGCUGGAUGGAAAAGUUGUUGCUAUAAAGAGACUCUUAUUCAAUACAAGACAAUGGGUGGAUCAUUUCUUUAAUGAAGUCAAUUUGAUUAGUGGAAUUGAGCAUAAAAAUCUAGUGAAGUUGCUCGGUUGCAGCAUUACAGGCCCGGAAAGCCUUCUGGUCUAUGAAUACGUACCGAAUCAAAGUCUUCAUGAUUAUUUUUCUGCUGCAAAGAAUGUUCAGCCAUUAACGUGGGAAAUGAGGUAUGCGAUCAUAUUAGGCACUGCUGAGGGAUUGGCUUAUCUUCAUGAAGAAUCCGAGUUGAGAAUAAUACAUAGAGAUAUUAAAUUAAGCAAUGUGUUACUUGACGUGGAUUUUACGCCAAAGAUUGCUGAUUUUGGACUUGCAAGAUUAUUUCCUGAAGAUAAAACUCACAUCAGCACUGCAAUUGCCGGCACAUUAGGUUACAUGGCACCAGAAUACAUUGUCCGAGGCAAACUAACGGAGAAGGCAGACGUUUACAGUUUUGGAGUUCUUCUGAUAGAAGUCGUUAGCGGAAAGAAGAACAAUUCUUUUGUUCAAGAUUCAGGUUCUAUCUUGCAAAUGGUCUGGAACCUAUAUGGAACUGAUAGCCUGUGUGAAGCAGUCGAUACAAGUUUAUCCAGCAAUUUUGAUGAAGAGGAAGCAUGGCGGACCCUUCAAAUAGGCUUACUUUGUGUGCAAGCUUCUGCUGAACUGCGUCCGGCAAUGUCAAUAGUUGUCAAAAUGCUAGCUGGAAAUCAUGAAAUUCCUCAGCCAACGCAACCGCCUUUUCUCAAUCUUAGUACUGGCAAUAAUUCCGAGAUCAAACCAUUUUCCGGUUCUCAUCCUGAUUCUUACUGUGAGUCUUCAGGAAAUAACAUGACACACAGCUGGAUUGAGCCUAGAUGAACUCAUUGCAUGGACUAAUUGAGAUGUACCGCUUAUUCGGGUCGCGAUGAGCUGGUUCAAGUUUUGAUUGACUAGAAAUAGAGCUGUUAAUAGUGAUCCUUUUGUUAAUAUCACAGUUAGACAUAAUAGCAUAACAUUUCUUCUGCUGCUAAUAUAUUAAUAUUUUCUUGAUUCUUUUGUAAAAAACUAUAAAAACAGUCAUGAUUCUUGCAUUGCAGUCUAAUAAAAGAGUAGAGAGUGUUUCUUGUUA